ACCGCAGUUUCAAUUUUUGGAAGAAGCUACCUUCGUUCUGGAUAGAGCACGAAAAUGGCUACUUCUGUGUCCUCCCUCGCUUUCUCUCUCUCUUCUCUCUCGUUUUCUUCCCAACUAUCACAGAUGCCAAACGCUCUGUCCUUUCCACGUUCAAAAUCUCUUGUAAUUUCCCACCCGAAAUCCAAUUCCCCACUCGUGGUAUCUGCCUCCGCCACUUCCGCAGUGGAGACGGCGGAGCUUAAGAACUAUGUGAAAUCGAGGCUCCCUGGUGGCUUCGCUGCGCAAACGCUCAUUGGCACUGGCCGCCGGAAAUCUGCCGUUGCUCGCGUUGUUCUCCAAGAAGGCACUGGCAAAGUUAUUAUCAAUUACCGCGACGCUAAGGAAUACCUUCAAGGAAAUCCAUUGUGGCUUCAAUAUGUGAAAGUUCCUUUGUUAACUUUGGGAUAUGAAAGUAACUACGACGUAUUCGUCAAAGCUGAAGGAGGCGGCCUCUCCGGCCAGGCUCAGGCGAUCUCCCUUGGCAUUGCUCGUGCUCUGCUAAAGGUGAGUGCUGAUCACAGAUCACCUCUAAAGAAAGAAGGGCUUUUGACAAGGGACUCUAGGGUUGUGGAGAGGAAGAAGGCUGGUCUCAAGAAAGCCCGUAAAGCCCCACAAUUCUCCAAGCGUUAAGGUUCCAAUUCUUGUCGAAUUGUUUUGCAUACCCUCUUUUCCUUCAUUAUUUGUACAACCCAGAUGUUAUUUUGUACUUUCUUUCCUCUCUAAUCUAGUGUUAUCUUAAAAAUAUUUCUCCAUAUGAGCUCUAAGCUAGAACGAGGAUAUGUAUUAAAAACACAAUCCAUAAUUCAUCAUCAUAACUAUUUUUGAACA